GUCACCAUAAAAUGGAAUUCCAGACCUUGCAAAAGCCAUAAAUUUCCAGUCCCUAUGGUCAAACAGAGAUGCAUUAUGCAGUUUCUGUUUAUUCUGUAGAAGCCGAUGUAUUUACUGUGAUGGAAACAACUUCCCAUCAUACAAAACACACAUAUCUUGAAAUAAAUAAAAAAGAACAUUCUUUGUUUAAACAAAGCUAUUACAAUUUAAAUAAAAUUGAAAGUUUAAAGCCAAACAUUCAAUAAACGAAGGGUAGGGGGUCAAUAAGGGUCUUCUCUGUCUGAAUCAAUACUGUCUGGAUCCCCAGGUUUGAGACAUGUGUUAGGUGCUCAAUAAACAGUUGGGAAUAAGUUAAUGAAAGACCAUGUUUGUCAGUAUAAACAUACUUAAAAUUUGUAAGUACACUUCAAAUCUAUAAUUAAGAAAUUCAUUGACAUACAUUAAAGCAUGGUUUUCUCCUGAAGUUUCUAUUUUUAAGUAAGGCUAAUUAUUCUAAUGCCAUUGUUUUACUGAAAUACUUUUUAACUACUUUUGAUUCAGGGAAGGAACACUUGCUAUGGAGAUUGAGUCAGCUUUGAUAACUGUAAUAAAGAACACCCUGAUAGUGUUAUGAUCACCAUAUAUAAAACAUAUUUGCUUAAAUUUUCAGUGUUCAUUUUUAACUUUAAAUGAUUGCUUCUGAUUGCUUUGAUAAUAAAUAUGAUAGGGCACUUUGGAAAUAUAUUUUUGUCCCUUUUUUUCACAAUGAUCUUUCAUACUUUUGAAUUAUUUGGGUUCUAUAUCUGUAUUUUACUUAGGCUUGAAAUCCUGCCUGAUUGCUUAUUUUAAAUGCCAACAACAGAAUGAAAAACAAAAUGUAAUAAUUCCUUCCCUAAAAUAUCCAACAUAUUGGAUCUCGUAUUAUAAACUGGCCAAAGAAGUAAUAAUCAAAGCAUAGUGAAAUUUCAGGCAAGAAAGAUUUGUUUGAGUAACAUGAUUUAAAAAAAUACUUUUGACUUAGACUCUCAGAUAACAAUGCAAUUCACCUAUUAGAUGAAUGAGGAAUAGAACUUUCCCCUAAAGAUUGGUCAGCUAUCAAACAAUUUCCUCAACUACUGUCAGUCAGUGAGAAUUUCAGGUUUCUUUUUGGCUAUAAAUCCUGUGAAUGAAGACUUUUUAUAGGAGAUUUUGACAGAAUGAGAGAUACCCAUGCUUUCUUUCUUUAUAACAAUCCAGAUGUGUUUUGUUUUCUUCUGUUGACCUUUGGAUGGAGGCAUUCAUGAGAAUUGUUAAUAAUCCAUGCUGAAGAAUUGUUUUCCACAAAAUAAACAAAACUCUAAUAUUUACAUGGUAAAUUUAGCUUUGGGACGAUGUGUUGUUUAAUUUUGUGGCUAUUUUAAAUAAAUUUAAUAUUUUCUAUGUUUUUCUUCCAAACUUUGGAACUGAGCCUUGCUGCUACUCGUAGAUGGAUUAAAGAUUGUGAGCAUGAGAUCAAGGGAUAGAGUAAACUUUCACUCUCUGUGCCAUUGCUAUAAUGUGCAGAUGCUGUCCAAAAUAAUGGAGUUCUUCCUACACCCCAGCUAUGUUGCACUAGUACCAAAUUAAAGUCGCAGAUAUAAAGGGCUGCACAGGAAUUGAGAAAUAUCCUUGGAAUUAAGCCUGUGGUGGAAGCACAAGAAUGGACAGGAAGCAUGGAAAAUAUGUAGUAAAUGUUGAACGCUCUGAAAACCAGUCUCCAAUCACGUGUUCAGAUGACCAAGAGGCUCACAGCUCUGCAUGCUGGCACCGACCUUCAAAUGACACAACCAGUCAUGUCUCUUCCAACUUAACUGGACUGUAUGUGAGCCCAGGAGUCCUUGUACACUCACGAUGCCCACACAUAGAAUUAUCCAAUGCACAGGUAAAAAGAAAUUGCUGUAAUAACUGGUCUCUGUGGGAAGUCUUUUUGGCUUGUCUCUUAGCCUCUGUGAUAACAACAGCAAUUGGAGUACUCAUAAUAUGUCUGGUGAACAAUAGAGGAAGCGACAAUUCUCCCAUUACUAGCCAGCUACCCUCCAACAAUGACAUUCCCAGAAUGACAUCUACUACUACCAAACCUGCAGUGACCACCACUUCAACUGAACCUACAACUAUAACCACUUCCACGGAAUCUACAACCACUGAAAUGUCCACUGAACCUACAACCUCCACAGCCCCCACCACCACUACAACAGGACUUACAACCUUGACAGGCCUCACAGUCACUACAGCAGAAUCUACAACCUUGGCAGGUGCCACCGUCACUACAACAGGAUCUACAGCCUCAACAGGUGCCACCACCACAGCAACAGGAUCUGCAGCCUCAACAGGUGUCACCAACACCUCAACAUGACUGACAACCAUCACCACCACUACAACCAGACUUACAAACACAACCUCAGUCAUCCCUUAAAGGAAACCCACAGGUACAACAGCUACCACUAUCACUUCAACUGAACAUAUAACCACAAAAGCUACAACCACCACUUCAAGUGAAACCCCAGCUGAUGCCACUUUAACAGAAUCUACAACUGUUGCAACUUCAGUAACAACAAAUGCCAUUAUAGCUUAAUCUUAGUGGACAACCAAAACAGUUACUACAUCUACCGUCUCUUUGACUGAACCCACAGCAUGACUUACUUCAGCUGAAUCUACAACUACCAUCCUUCUACUUCCCCUACAACUACUGUAACUGUCACUUAGUUUAGACUAACAGUGUUCAUUGCUCUCCUUCAACCAUCUGUAAUCUUCACUAGUCACCUAAAGUACAAAUGCCACCAUUUUCACUUUACUAGAGUUACCAUCAUUUGUCAAAAUGUUCUCUUCUGUGACAAGUUAUGCUUUCGUUAUGAUCACUGCAACAGCCUACAACCAUUCUCCUCACUGGCUUUUCUCCCAAAUAGUAGCUGCCUCUUCUCCAAUAUCUGCUGAAUCUAUACCUACCGCCAUCACUCCAUUAUACUUGUGGCAGCUACCAUGGUGCCUGUUGAAUAACAAUAACUUACUGUGCAAUGGAAUAAUUAUCUGAACUUUCACUAAAUCAAUACUUUAGGAGUUCCAAAAGUCUUUUUUUUUUUUUUAAUAUGGAACAUUUCACGAAUUUGCAUGUCAUCCUUGCACAGGGCCAUGC